AUGGCGAUCGUUGGUUUGCUUGACGACCCGAAUGCAGCGGAUGCCUUAAAUCCAGACGCGGCCGACAUGCUUGAUGCAGAUAGGAAGCAGGGUACACACAUGUACAGAGAUACGGGCGCGUUGGAGCUGCUGCGGGCCGUGGAGGCGAGGGACGCGCAGGACGCGCAGGUCCUCGAGGGUCGCAGGGGCAUCUGGGGCGCGACCUCGGGCGCCGCCGAGUGCGGCGGCGGGGCGGGCGAGUUCGGCGGCUUCGGGCACGGCGGUGGCCCCUCUUCGCUGGUGGCGGGCCUGCAAGCGCCGCGCUGCGAGAGCCCGCCAUUCGGUCUGUCCAUCUGGAGCGCCUCGUUCGGGCUGGCGAGGCACCUCCUCGAGAACCGCGAGGAGCUGGCGCGGGCGGACCUCGGGGCCGGGCGGGCGGUCCUGGAGCUCGGCUGCGGGCAGCCGCUGCUCGCCAUGGUGCUGCUGGAGGCGUUCCCGCGCCUGGGGCGCGUCGUGGCCACGGACGGGCACGAGGGCGUGCUCCGCCUGGCCAGGCAGAACCUGGCCGAGAACGUCCCGAGCCCGCGCCCGGAGGCGGUGCUGGCGCAGCUCCGCUGGGGCGACGCCGGGGACAUGGCGCGCGCCGAGGAGAUCAACGAGGGCAGGAAGUACGACGUCAUUCUCGGCGCGGACGUCACGUACGACCACGACGAGAUGGGCCACGCGCUGGUGCAGACCAUUGUCGGGCUGGCGCACCGCGGCACGGUGGUCUGGCUCGCCCACGAGCUCCGCGCCGACGACCGCAUGCCCAGGCGCCGAUCUCUCUGCGCCGGCAGGCCCGCGCGGCGCGUGCUGCGGCCAGAGGAUCGAACGAUCUGCGCGGUGCCGGAAGCCAUCUCGCACGUCGGCGCGGCAGGGGCCGAGUUCGAGAAGCAGCGCCGCGAUGCAGAGAGUCGCAGAUCGGGCAGUGCCAGGGGAAGGGGCCCGCUGGAAACAAAGGUGGACCACCCGCUCUACAUGAGGCUCGAGGCGCCCAGGAUUGAGGUGUCCCUGCCCUUUGGGCACUCCGACGUGGUCCGGCUGCUCGACUUCUUCGAGGUGGAGAAGAUCCCCAGGCUCUGCGUGGUGGACCAUCGUGGCAUCACGGUGUGCGACGACGCACGCGGCGGCAUGGGUUUCGGCUUCGGUCUGUCCCCGAUCGCGGCGUACGAGUGGCUGGCGAGUCGCAUCGGCUUCUCCGCGGAGGAACUGCUCUCUGGCGCUGCUCCAACGGCGGCGGCCAAGGCGCUUGCGCCGCCGCCCGGCGACCGCACCGCCAGCGCUGGGGCCGACGACGCCGGGGAGCCCGCCAAGAACGCCAAGCCUGCCAAGCCAAGCGCCUGA